GAAAGAGUCCAUCCCUCCCCAGGGAACAAACCUUCUCCGGCUUUCUCCUCGCUUCCCAUGGGCUGCCCCCACCCGUGCUGCCUUGGGAGCGGGGGGGUGCGUGCGCGUACCCCGGUAUCCAUGGCGAUGGGAGGCUGUCCCCCCGCCAUCCUCCCCCCUCCCCAACACACACACACACCAGCAUCCCUCUCCGCUGCAGCCGGCGAGCAGCCGCAACCAGCACGGCAUCACCGGCACCGCGGUACCGGCACCGGGGUUCAUUCAGCCCCGGGCAAGGAGUUGAGGGGGGGGAACCGGGGGAGGGACAGGGGCAAACUGCCCCCCACCACCACCUCCCCCUGGCCAGCAGACCCCCCCCCUCCUUCCCCAGCCCGCAUGUCGGUGAUGCAGCCCCCGGAGCCGGGUUGGGAUGGCGGAGGCCCUUCCAACAGCAGCUGGCCCAACUCCACCGCAAGCAAGAGCCACCUUCUGAGGGAGAACUACACCUUCUUGGCCUACUACCAGCACUCCUCCCCUGUGGCCGCCAUGUUCAUCCUGGCCUACACCUUCAUCUUCCUCAUGUGCAUGAUUGGCAACAUCCUGGUGUGCUUCAUUGUGGUGAAGAACCGCCAGAUGCGGACGGUCACCAACAUGUUCAUCCUCAACCUGGCCAUCAGUGACCUGCUGGUGGGCAUCUUCUGCAUGCCCACGACCUUGGUGGACAACCUCAUCACAGGCUGGCCCUUUGACAACGUCAUGUGCAAAAUGAGCGGCCUGGUGCAGGGCAUGUCCGUCUCUGCCUCUGUUUUCACGCUGGUGGCCAUUGCCGUGGAGAGGUUUCGCUGCAUCGUCCACCCCUUCCGCCAGAAGCUGACGCUGAAGAAAGCCCUGGUGACCAUUGCCAUCAUCUGGGUGCUGGCUCUGCUCAUCAUGUGCCCCGCUGCCAUCACCCUGACCGUCACCAGGGAGGAGCACCACUUCAUGGUGGACACCUACAACAACUCCUACCCUCUCUACUCCUGCUGGGAGGCCUGGCCUGAGACAGGGAUGAGGAAGAUCUACACCACUGUCCUCUUCUCCCACAUCUAUGUGGCCCCCCUUGCCCUCAUCGUCAUCAUGUACGCCCGCAUCGCCUUCAAACUCUUCAAGUCAGCAGCACCCGAUCGCAGCCAAGGUGAGCCGGAGGGGAGGAAGGUCUCCCGAAGGAAGGCCAAGGUCAUCAACAUGCUCAUCAUCGUCGCCCUCUUCUUCACCCUCUCCUGGUUGCCCCUCUGGACACUCAUGCUGCUGACAGACUACGGGCGGCUGAGCGAGGGCCAGCUCCGCCUGGUCACCGUCUACGUCUUCCCCUUCGCCCACUGGUUGGCCUUCUUCAACAGCAGCGCCAACCCCAUCAUCUACGGCUACUUCAAUGAGAACUUUCGACGGGGCUUCCAGGAGGCCUUCAGGGCCCCCUUCUGCUCACCCCACCACCAUCGCCAUCGCCAUCAUGGCUCCUACACCCCCAGGAGCCAUGGCCGUGGGAUCUUCUUCGGCACCCGCAACCGCGUCUUCGCCCAGGCGCGGGCCAGCGACUCACCGCCUGCCUCCGAGUCUGGGCCACUGGCACCACGCCGCCCCGGUGUCCCCGCGUGGGAUGGUUGAGCAGCCGUGGCCACCAGGCAUCUCUUGGACCAAGGGCUUGUGGGGUGGGGAAUGGGGAUUCACCACGUCGGGGGCCAUCAGCCACUGAAAUAAAGGCACGUCCUGCUGAAGCCAUGUCCCUUGCCUUGGCUCCUCUGCUUACCCCAGCAGCACCAUCCUAGAUGAGGGGCUGAGGGGGGACCACCAGCCAAGCCCUCCAGCACCAUGGGUCCCUCUGCCCUGCCAGCACCCCCUUCACCCAGGCCCAUCCAGGGCUUGUGGUGGGGAGCACAGGGAGUGGGGACCCGUGGGGGAGAACUUGAGUGAACAGGCUGUCCCAUGCCAUACUUGGCCACAUCAUGGAGAACCAUGCAGUCCUUUGUUGGGCCACACCAUGUUGUGCUUGACCAUGCCACACCAUGCUAUCAUAGCUGUGCUGGACCAUACCAAACCACACUGCUGGGGCCAUGCUGUGCUGGACCAAGCCAUGCUGAACUGCACUGUGCCACACCAUGCUAUUGUGUCCAUGCUGGAUCACACCACACCAUGCUGCUAUGGCCAUGCUGGGCUGUGCCGGGCUGUGCUGGACCAAGCUAUGCUAGGUAACAUCAUGGUGCUGUGGCCAUGCUGGACCAUAUC